CAUGGCGAUACGUCCGUGACUAUUUCUUAUCGCGUAGCAAGGCCACGGGAUUGAGUUCACGAUCGCCAUCAUGAUUCAUCUGUGACGUCAGGCGAACGGAACCGGAAAUUUUGUGUUUGGUGGCGCCAACUGGCGAGUGUGUCUUAAACUAGCCCGCCGGCGGCGUCCGAUGGCGUCUGACUCGCUGUGCUGCUUUGAGAUUGCAAAACCCGGCGUUGCCUUAUGACGGCGUUCAAGUAAUAGAAUGCCUAUGAACUAGCCACUAGCGCAACAAAUAAAUAAAGCGCCACGCGGGACACCCGAGGAAGCUACAAAAUGUCGCAAAUAUCCCUGCAGAAGGAGCUAAGUGAGUUGGAAAAGCAGCUUAUGUCGACCGAGAACGAGAUAUCGCGGUUGAACACGAUUCGACUGUGCAUUAUCAAAAAGACAGAAGAACUAAAGGUCAAGAUGAAGCAAAUAAUGUUGGACGAGGUGAACCAAACGGACUGGCACAAGUCAACCUACCCCUGGUCGGCUGGGGUCUUGGACAAACUGACGUCUGUGUUCAAGAUGAAGGGCCUGCGGCCCACUCAGCUGCCCGCCAUCAACGUGACCAUGUCAAACCACGAUUGCAUCGUCAUCAUGCCCACGGGCGGCGGCAAGAGCCUGUGUUUCCAGCUGCCAGCCCUACUGUCCCCAGGCCUCACAGUCGUCGUGUCCCCACUGGUCUCUCUCAUGGAAGACCAGGUGAUGGCACUCGAAAGACUCUCCUACCCAGUAGCCAUGCUGUCGGCAACCACCCCGCAGAAGAAGACCUCCGCCAUCACCAAUGCCAUGGAUGACAAGAAGUCCCCCAUUAAGCUCAUCUAUGUCACCCCCGAGAAAAUGGCCAAGAGCAAGCGGUUCAUGGCCAAACUCGAGAAGGCGUACCAAAAGGGCUGCUUCUCCAGGCUGGCCAUAGACGAGGUCCACUGCUGUUCUCAGUGGGGCAACGACUUCAGACCAGACUACAAGUACCUGGGCAUUAUGAAGCGGCAGUUUCCUAAGGUUCCCAUCAUGGGCCUCACUGCGACGGCUUCGGCAACCAUAGUGGCCGACAUCCAGAAGAUGCUGAGCAUAGAGGACUGCGUCGUCCUAAGGGCUCCACUGGAUCGGCCAAACCUCCGGUACGAGGUCUGCAGCAAGCCAUCCGGACAGGCGGAGGUCCUCGAAACCCUGGUCGGCCUCCUUCUCGGACGGUUCAGAGGACAGUCCGGCAUCGUGUACUGCUUUUCCAUCAAGGACACCCACGAGGUGGCAAGCGGGCUUUGCCAGCAUGGUAUCCGUGCCGACUGCUACAACGCCAACAUGGACCACAAGGACCGCAGCGACGUCCACUUCCGCUGGUCCCACAACGAAAUAGACGUGGUGGUAGCCACAGUCGCCUUCGGCAUGGGCAUUGACAAGCCGGACGUCCGCUUCGUCAUCCACCACACCAUGUCCAAAUCCGUCGAAAACUACUACCAGGAGAGCGGGCGUGCGGGAAGAGACGAUGCGCCGGCAGUCUGCAUUGUCAUGUACCGCUUCGCCGACAUCUUCAGGCAGACCACGUCCGUCUUUGCAGAGAAGACUGGCCAGGAGAACGUCUACGCCAUGGUCAGCUACUGCACGGAAGCACGCCGCUGCCGCCGAGCCGUCCUUUGCCAGCAUUUCGGCGAGAAUCGAGAGGAGACGUGCUGCAACGGUAUGUGCGACAAUUGCGACUCCACAGUGUCAUCCACAAAGGAGGUCGACGUUACGAGACACGUGCAGGACAUUUACAAGAUUCUCAAGGCGGCAAUCGCUGCAGGGGAACAGAUGACGGCCACCAAGUUGCUAGAUGCAUGGACCGGGAAAGGCGGCGGCGUCAAAAAGUGGAAGGAGCGCGGAGCAACCCUCACAGACCUUCCGAGAGAGCGCUGCGAGGCCAUUGUCACCUUCUGCCUGCUGGAGGGUUACCUAAGCGAACGGUUCCACACGACACCCUAUGCCUACAUCAGCUACCUCGAGGCAGGUCCGAUGAAAGAGGCAGUGAAAAAAGGGGCCAAGGUGGUGUUCCCAUUUUCGACCCGGAAGCAGAUGUCCGCAGACAAGGAGCUACCGCAGCCAAACAAGAAACGGAAGACCAGCAGUGCUGGUAGCCAAGCUUCUUCCCAGAGAAAGAACAGGGCAGAACCGCAGGCCACGGCGACACCUACCACCUCCACUGCUGAGGUUGUUGUUAUCGAUUGAUGAGGCAAGGCUCUCUCUCUCGAGUGUACCCAUUUGUUUAUUUAUGAUGCUCUUCUUUUUCUACAUGCUGUACAUACUAAACAAUAACAUCUCUACAAACAAACUCAUGCAGUAAACGACCCAUUCAAAAUCUCUUUAAUAAAAAUAUGAUCGUAUGAU